AUGUCUCGCAAGGCCACCUCAAUCCCAAAGACAACGAGGAAAAGACUCCCCCUCUGCCCCCUCGAAGUCCCCAUCUUCUCCCCCGCCGUCACCCUCCAAUCCCAAUGCCUCCCCAUCGCCCGCAUCGAACUCAAAGCCACGGCGUCCUACCCAGCCGGCGGCCUCACCCCGCCCCUCCGCGACGUCCAGUGCAUUACAUCCCUCACCACCUCCUCCUCGCCCUCUCCCUCUCCCUCUCCGCCGUCAUCAUUAUCAUCAUCCUCAUCAUCUUACGGUUCCGGCCGCCCCUCCAUCCGCGUCAUGAUCCGCCCGCGCGGGCCCCGUGACGGAGGACGAGAACGAGACUUCAUCUAUUCAGACGCCGAAUUCCAAGCCAUGCUCUCUUCCGUCGCGAACCUCCUCGUGCGUGACCGCGAGACUGAGGUUGAGGCCAUCCUUGACCGGAAGAAAGCAUCCACGACUUCCCACUGA